UGCACCCCAUUUUACCAUCGGAGCCCCAAAGAUGUUGUGCACAUGCGCCGUGAGUGGUCUACCGGAGCGCCAGAGGUAGGGAAGGCAGUCCUAAUGGCGGAGAAUGUGCGGUCCCCCUUCGACUACCGGGAGCCCCCGACUCUCGACAGCGACGGGGAUGGAAGCAAACCUCCGCCACCGCCUCGAGGUCGUGUGUGUGGGAGAAAGAGGAAGGGGACGCCCGUGAAGGUGUGCGACCGCGCCUACGUGACGGAGGAUGAGGAGGAGGAGAGCAUGUCGGAGCACAGCUACAGUCCUGGCGAUGGACAGUACCCAGAGGGUGCAGAAGAUCGCCUUCCCCCACCUGACAGCCCCUACUAUCUCCCUGAUCCCACUCAGCUCUGCGUGCCAGAGCUGGGGGACGAGGGGGCGAGCAGCGUCCGAGGACCCGUGCUUUUCCACCCGCCUCCCAACUGCCGGAUACGAGAAGUCCACUGCGGGACUCAGGUCCGCCUGAUCGUCAUAGCGAUCCGAGACAUCGCAAAAGGCGAGGAGAUCACGGUGGACUACAGCCUCACGGAAUGGGGGGAGAACGCAUUGGAAGACGAGGCUGGCCCCCACCCGCUUUCCCUCUCUGUGUCGGAUUACCUCACCCCUUCCUGGUCGUUGUCCCCCUCAUCCUCCCCGCUGACCCACUCGGAGCCCAGCGACUCGGACCGCGAAGAAGACGAAGAGGAGGAGGACGAUGAUGAUGAUGACGACGACGAUGAGGAGGAGGACAUGGAGGAGAUGCGGGGGCGCAUACUUCGCCGCCGGAAGAAACGCAAGAUCCCCACAGCACUGAACUCCAAAAAGAAGAGCGGGCACUCGGCCGCCAGGGGGCCGGGGCGCCCCUGCUCCUCCUUUACUCACCCGGCAUCUGUGGCGCCCCCUGCUGGAUCCCAGCCCCCCCUCAACAGCCUCACGCCCCCCACCACGAAUAUCAACAACAACAUCAGCAUAAACAUCGGCAGCUCCGGUGGAGCGGCGGUGAGCCGGCGGCAGCACUGCCCGUACUGCGGGCGCCACUUUCGCUCUCUAGCACGACAUCUAGAGAAGUACCACGCCAACCAGCCAGAGGUCCGGACCGCCAUGGAGCUGGCACACCUCCACUCGCACAGCUCCUCCGCAAACGGCGGCGGCCCCCUCUCAUUAUCGUCCCACAGCCACUCCUUCGCCGUGCCGCAGCCGUCGCCCUCCAACUCCGCCCCUCCCUCCUUGUUCCAGAGGGAGCGGGAGUCGCCGGCUGCCCGCUUGGGCACUGGGAACGUUUCCUUCUCCCUGUCGCUUUCCCCGCCCUCCUCAACUCACCCCGCCGCUCCGAAAAAAAGCUGUAGCUUAGGUCCGCCUGCUGCCAAACUCUCCACGCCCUCUAUGGCGUCCCGAGUCAAGAGCCCAUCCCCUCCUCCUCCUCCUCCCGCAUCGACGCCACGAAGAGGUCGGAGGUUGAAGAGGGAGAACGAGGAGCAGCUGCAGCACGUGGAUGUGGACAGUAGAAACCAAGAAGAGCUGCGCCCGCCUCCCACGCCGGAACCAGACGUGGAUCCAGAUGAAGAUCUGGAGUUGAGCGGUGAAGGGGAAGACGAUGCACCAGAGAAGAACGGAGAACUCGUGAGCUCUCAAAGGCAGCAUGUGAGUCCUCUCCUGUCGUCUCUGUCCUGUUUGGUGAUUCACCUCCGUCACCAGCAGCACUCCUCUUUCCUCUCCCUGACCCGUUCUCCUCACUCCGCUGAGGCGUGGCGCCUGCUCUGCCACGCCAGCCUGUCCCUGCUCAUCCUCUACAACCGACAUCGGGAGUGUGAGGUGGCCAAGCUCUCUAUCCAGGACUACCGGAACCGGAUCACCCCUCAGUCCAGCGCCGGCUCCGCCUCCAGCAUGGAGGCCUUCCUGUCGCCCUUUGAGCGUCACGUCCUGUGUCACCUCCCUCGAGCGGGCGUCUUAGGCAAGCGCGGUCGUGUCCAGCCUCUCAUUCUCCCCCCACACUGUGAAUCCUGCAUAGAACUCCUGCUGCGGACCAGCCCCAACGUCGGCGUGGACCCCGAAAGCCCCUAUGUCUUCUCUCGGCCCUACCACUCCCCCGCCACCCCGCUCCGAGGCACUGACCUGCUGAGGAACCUGGCUCGGGCCAGCGGCGCCAAGAACCCCGGAGUGAUAACGGGAACGCGGGUGCGGCGGCAGGUCGCCAUCCUCACCCAGCUGCUGCUGCUGGAGGAGGGCGACAGCCAGAGCGGUGCCGUCAAACGCCUGGAGGACUUCCUGGAACGGGAGUAUCACGUGACGCAAAGCUGCUCGGCCAUCACGCGGGACCCGGCGCUGAUGGGCCGAGUGGGUCGCGUGGUUCUGUACGGAGAGCGGGAGGGGGUGCUGUUCAGGGGCAUGAGCUUGCAGGACAUCUGCCUGGAGUUGGACGUCAUGUCGGGCAACUCGGCUGAUUCCUUUUCAGAAGAUUCUGAAGGAGAGGAGGACAAAGAGGAAGUCAAAGUAAAAACCGAAGUUCUGGAGAAGAAGAAAGGACCCGGACGACCCCCACGCAAGAAGAAACCUCCCAAUCCUCCACCUACGGCCACCCCCCCCGUAGCUAACGCCAACAAGAGGAGAAGCACGCCGCCCAAAUCAGGAAAGCGCGGGGUGCUGAAGCGUCCGUGGUCGGAGGCGGAGCGCGUGGCGGUGGAGACUCACCUAAAGAGAAACCUCCUGGAGCUGCGCGUCCCCGCCAAAGCCGACUGUGAACGCUGUUUGGAACUGUGCCCCCUGCUGGUGAGCAACCAAAGGGACUGGAGAGCCAUCAAGUUUUAUGUGCACAACCGCAUCCAACUGCUGAAGAAGCAGGGGCGGAGAGAGAGCGCCGCCGCCGCCGCCGUCAACUAGAACACAGACACGCCGCAAUGUGUAAACCACCAGCAGUCCAGGGAAGAGGAGGAAAACUGGUUACAAGUAUGAAGACUUUGGUGUGUCCGUCGGUGAGUGGAAAAGACUGAAGAAGACUUGUCCACAUGAAGCAAUCCCUACCAGAGAGUACGGUUUGUUUGACUACUGUGAUUAUUUUAUUUCUAGUUUUUUAAGAGAAGGAAGAGGAAGGCUGCAGUGCAGCUCUGGAAUCUUGUGUCAGGAAUUAAAUUAACCAGAACCAUUGACUGUAUAUGACAACUGGAGCAAGCCAUUCAGAAUGCGGGUUCUAGCAUAUGGUAUUCACUUCACGCUGGACUCACAGUUGGAAGAGGCUUAAAUCUCAUUAAUCUUUUUCUUACACAGCUCUUUUCUGAUAUAUGGAAGACUUGGUUCAUAGAAUUCCAGCCAAUUAUUCAUUUCUCCUUAAUAAUCCUUUUUCAAACAGUUGGCACUUCUAUGAAUUAAAAAGGACGCUACCCAUACAUCACUACCAAUUCUGAGUUCUUGAUUGGUCGAAAUUCAGCCUGGUUUGAUUUUCAGCUAGGGAUGGGGAGAUAUCUCUGCCGUUAUCGGCCGAUAUUAGUAUAAUUCGAGUUAAUCCACAGAUAUUGUUUUCAGAUGCACUUUAUUUUUGACAUGGAUACUUGUUCCUGAUAGAUUCUUGGCACUUGGAAGCUUCUGUUUACAGUCAGUAAUUGUUCUGAUGAAUAUUUUAUAUUUGAUAAGGACACAUAUCGUUCCUAAUAGAUCCCUGGAAAUGGAAAGCUUAAGAUUUACAGUUACGUCAAAUAGUCAUCAAGUGGUCUGAAAGUUUUCAGAUACAUUUUCACAUGUUUUAAGUUCCUAUGAGAUCCUUUGUUGUAUGUUAAAAAGGUCAAGUAUAUAGUUAAAAAAAAGUUGGUAUUUCUUAUAAAGAAACGAUAAGGAAAUCUAAACAUUGUAGACACUUAAACAUCGACUAUCAGGACAAUUUCAGGGGAAAUAUCGGUUAUCGGUACCUGCCAGAAGAAAUGAUAUCCCCCAUCCCCACUUUCAAUAAGGGUAAGAUGGCGGCCAAAAAUGGACUUAAAUACUUGUGAGCGCGCAUGAACGUAACAGUUUUGAACGCGGAAGCCCGGAAUGGAAGUGGCGCUUGAACGUAGCAUAAGUGGGACAGCCUCUACAGCGAAUGGUUAACUUCCAUCUCCAACAAAAUAGUCAAUUCAGUCGACGUUUUUUACAAUACAGAUGCCGCCAUGUUAGAACCAGACAUCCUUUUUAAGCAGUGAUUGGUUCAAGUGGAGGCACAGUUUCUAUGACAACCACCCUCGCCAAUCAGGAGUGAGCUUGUUGGAAGACCAUUCAACCACUUGAAAGCAGAAUCUGUUCGUCAAAGACCGUGAGACCGUAUACUUUUUGAAGAAAAAUAUUUUUAAAAAAUGAAGCAGAACGAAAAUGUUUAUUCUGACAAAUAGAGUAUUUUUCAAUAAAAGUCUAGCUUCUUGGAGCCAGCAAGUACUUCCUGUUUGGAAUUCCAAGGGGGCGGAGUCACUCGGUCCAGUUCUCAUAUACAGUCAACAGCCACAACAAAAACAUCUGCAAAAUCAACCAUGGAUGCCAAUUCAACACUAGCAUUUACUUCAAGAAGCUUAAACUAUGACAGUUGCAUUCUGGGAAGUGCUAACAAGCUCUUCUUUCCAUUUCCCAGCUUAUCCUAAUAAUAAAACCUGCUUUGUUUGAGUGCAGAACAUCAACAUGGUGUUCCAGCUCAGAACCACGCGAGUACACUCUACCAACCAUUUUUCUGUGAAUUCCGACAGUGAAGGCCCUUUUUUUAAUUUUUCUACGAUGAUGUUUACCUGUAGCUGUUUGGAGGACGGCCCUGUGGAACUGCUAAAGGCUGCAGCCCAAAGCCGACUGUGAGAGAACGGAGAGAAAGGCUCACAUGAACCUGUACAGCUCUGCUUCCCGCUGACUUUCUGCUCCCAGCUGAGUGUGUUUUAAAGUAUCCAGUCAUGAUGCACCUGUCAAGUGUUUCUCGCAUACCUCUGUAUCAUGAUCAUAGAUUAGUGUUCAGGCACGGCUACUUGAAUUUCCUUCUACCAUGAAUUUGUUUUGUUUGGAAAAUAUUGUAUUUCUGAAUCAACAUAUGGUAUUAUUGACUAUAAAUACCUAUCAAAGUAUGCAGUAGUGAUUUCAGAGUCAGUAAUGUGUCAUGAUGUACAUAUUGUUAAUACUACUUGUACUUAUUAAAGUGUAUGACAUUUG